UGUUUCAAAUGCGUUGGCGCUUCCCGGCCUCGAGGGGGCAUCUGCAGAACGGCGGGCGCCGGGAAAGUACGCAUGCGCACUGCUCCCAGGGUUUGCGGUAGAAUCUAAGCUCUCGCUCCCGGUUACGCACACGGCAUUUAUAGUGCGCACAGCGCUCACGCACGCGCAUUGGGGCGUCCACCGGGCAUCGCGCUGUCCCGUUAUUCCAGUUUCUUUGGGAGCAGCCGAGUUGACCCCACGGUCUAAGAUGUCCAAGCUGCCCGCAGACAGCAGCGUCCCGCAGACAAGCGCGGCGAAUGGUGACAGAGACGUCCCGCAGGCGGAGGUAGGCCGCGGGAGGCGGGAGCCGGCCCCGGCACAGCCUGAGGAGGCUGGGGAAGGCGCGAUGGCGGCGGCCAGGGGAGGCCCGAUGCCGGCGGCCAGGGAAGGUCGGAUGGCGGCGGCCAGGGGAGCCCCGGCGGGGGCAGCCAGGGGAGCCCCAGUGGCAGCGGCGGCGGUGGCCAGGGCAGCCGCGGCGGGCAGGGAAAGCCCGGCGGCGGCGGCGGCCAGGGAAGCCCGGAUGGCGGAGGUCGCCCGCUUGCUGGGGGAGCCUGUGGACGAAGAGGGUCCCGAGGGCAGGCCCAGGUCCAGGCACGGGAACGGAGGCCUGGCUGCGUUGCCUUAUCUCCGUCUCCGCCACCCACUUAGCGUUUUAGGAAUCAAUUACCAGCAGUUUCUCCGCCACUAUCUGGAAAAUUACCCGAUUGCUCCCGGCAGAAUACAAGAGCUUGAAGAACGCCGCAGGCGAUUCGUGGAAGCCUGCAGAGCAAGGGAAGCAGCGUUUGAUGCCGAAUAUCAGCGAAAUCCUCACAGGGUGGACCUCGAUAUUUUAACCUUUACGAUAGCUCUGACUGCAUCUGAAGUUAUCAACCCUCUGAUAGAAGAACUUGGUUGUGAUAAGUUUAUCAAUAGAGAAUAGUUAUGUGGUGACACUACUUCAAGAGAACCUCUGCAUUCCAGUUAUACCAAUCCUGCAACUUGAUUUUCAGAAGUCAAGAGUAUAUUGCGAUAAGACAGUGCACAGGUGGAGGGGAAAAAAGGGGGGAGGGGGAAGCUUAUCUUGAAAAAGCAUCACAGAAGAAAUAGAAAAAAAUGUCCAAAGCAUUAUAACUGUAACAUUAUUUGAGUUUGUGAUUGAUCUACAUUUUUCCCCCUGCAUUACGGAAAAUGUCUCUAAACAUUGCUUUAUUACAAAGUAAAGGAUGGUUUUAUAAAAUUGAGACUUGAUGAAAAAUCACCAAUACUAGAGCCCAUGAGGAUGAAAGAAAUUAUCAGAUAGUGCUGAACAGAGUAAGACGUUAACGCUGAGUUACUGGGACUAGAAGGCUAUGAAAAGAACUUGAAAUUGUCGGAAUAUGUGCUCUCUUCAUGUAAUAUUCAAUAGAAGUUUCUAGUUUAAGAUUGAUUCUGUGUUUUCUUAGACAUUUCAAGUGACAAGCAAAGUAAAUGUACAUAUUAUGUGAUAAAUCAUGUUUACAAGAACAUCAAAUUUCUGGACUUUUUUCUUUCAAUUUUUAAUUUUUAAAGUUUUUUGGUAUAAAAAAUCCACUCACAAGCCAAAAAAUAUAUAAAAUAUACAG